CCGGGUUUUAGACCCCUCUCUCUCUCUCUCUCUGCGCAGAAGCUUAAACCCUAACGCCACGAACUCCAUGGAAUCUAUUGCUAAAGUGAACUAUCGUCAGCAACAACUUCUUCCCUCAAUUCAUCUUCAGCGUCCAUCUUUUUCAAGGCCCGUUUCUUCUCUCUCCUUCAGAAACCGCUCUCCACCGCUAUUAUUACCGACACUAAAAUCAUCAGCCUCACACAUAUCAAUCAAAGCCUCCUCGUCUUCCUCAUCAUUACCAUACUCUAACCCUCAUCUUCGAAACCCUAAAACCUUCCAAUCCCUACUCUUUGAAACCCUAAACUCCUUGCCAUUCUCUCUCCACAGAACUACCCUCAUAGCCGCCGUCGCCGUCACCGCUGCCGCUCUCUUCUUCUCCAAAUUCAACCUCAAACCCGUCAUUGCCGCACCGAUAUCACCCCCGCCCACCGUCGAAAGCACUAAGAACGAAACCGUUGUGGACGAAAACAGUGAAAAAGAGAAAGAGAAAUCCCUUGAAGAACACUUGCAGUCUCACCCAAAUGAUGUUGAAGGUCUUCGAACCCUGAUGGAAAUUCGUAUAAAAAAUCAACAAAUCCUCGAAGCCAUAAACAUUAUCGAGAGGUUGAUUGAACUUGAGCCCAAUGACAUUGAAUGGCCAUUGUUGAGGGCACACAUGCACUGUUACGGUGGAGAGAUUGAAUUGGCCAAAAUUGGGUUCAACGAAAUACUCGAAAACGACCCUUUUCGUGUUGAGGCUUACCAUGGUUUGGUAUUGGCAGCUUCACAGGGGGAUUCAACGAGUGAAUUGAAGGAUAUAGAGAGGAGGAUUGAGGAGGCAAUACAGAUGUGUAAGAAAGAGAACAAGAAGGAUGAAAUGAGGGAUUUAAAGCUUUUACUAGCGCAAAUUCGAGUGAUUGAAGGGGACUAUAAGGAUGCUCUGAAGAUUUAUCAGGAGCUUGUGAAGGAGGAGCCGAGGGAUUUCAGACCCUAUUUGUGUCAAGGGAUAAUAUACACAUUGUUGAGGAAGAAAAAUGAGGCUGAGAAGAAUUUCGAGAAGUAUCAGAGGCUUGUUCCGAAAGGGCACCCAUAUGCGCAGUAUUUUGAUGAUAAUAUGAUUGCAACGAAGCUCUUUGCUCAAAAGGUUGAAAAUGGGAAGGCGAAAUUGAAGAGCUGAGGGAAUUAGUGAUCAGUUUAAUGGCUGUUUUGUGGUGUAGUGAUGGCGGCUGCUCAGGGCUUUUGUGAUUUCGGCUGAUUUGGAGAAAAACUUUCAUACCGAUCGCAGCACCGUGGUUGAAUAAUCAUCAGGUUUGACGAGGAAGACGACAACCAGUGACUUUCGAUGCAGUGAGGGAGACAAAUUAGUGAAGAGUUGUUGUUUAGCCGGGCCGGAGAAGGAGACGAUUGUGGUUUGGCAAAAUCUUGAGUUUUAACGGUUACAGGGUGGGCAACGAUGUCAUUGUAUGUUCAAAAGUUUUCGAGUUGGACGACGUCGUUGCGAGUUUGUUUGCUGGACAGUGUAUUUUGGUCAAAUCGGUACUGUUGCUCUUAACAGCAAACUGUGCCGUUAGAUCACCAACAGCAGAGGAGCCAACCCAGAUGGUUUCAUGGUGUAAAGGGAAAAUGUUAUUCGUCUUUAAUUUUGCGGAAUUUGGCCAAGUUAUCUGAAUGAAUAGUUUGGUUGAACGUUCUGCUCUACCCACUGGUGUUGUGGAGCCAAAUCACCCUACAUCAUAACAAGGUUUGAGUUGGGUGUAGGUUGUGCUUUCAUGCAGGCCUACACAUAUACCUCCAAACCAACUCUCUUUUCAUUGCUC